AUGCAGGGUGUGCCUGCCUUGUUCAGAUGGCUCUCGAAAAAGUACCCCAAGAUUGUCCAGAGCGUUGAGGAGGACGAGCCAGGGCAGAUGACGGGCCCGGAUGGCGAGAUGAUUGAGGUGCCUGUGGACAUUUCACGUCCCAAUCCCAAUGGCGAGGAGUACGAUUGUUUAUACCUAGAUAUGAAUGGUAUUGUACAUCCAUGUACGCACCCGGAAGGGAAGCCGGCGCCGGAGACAGAAGAAGAAAUGAUGGCAGAAGUGUUCCAGUACACAGAGCGCGUCGUCGCUAUGAUCCGCCCACGGAAACUGUUGAUGAUGGCCAUUGACGGUGUAGCGCCCCGUGCCAAAAUGAACCAGCAGCGAUCCCGUCGCUUUCGUUCGGCGCAGGAUGCCAAAAUCAUGCACGACCAGCGCGAGCAGGAGCUGGCCGAGCGCAAGAAGAAAGGCCAAGCGGACGACGACGAAAGCGUGAAAAAGUCGUGGGACUCGAAUGCCAUUACGCCCGGUACGCCGUUUAUGGACCUGCUUGCCUCCUCGCUGCGAUACUGGAUCGCCCACAAGCUCAAUACGGACCCUGGCUGGAAGAAUUUGUGUGUUGUGCUCUCAGAUGCCAGUGUGCCUGGAGAAGGUGAGCACAAGAUUAUGGACUACAUCCGCCGCAAACGAAGCGACCCGAACCACGACCCGAAUAUGAAGCAUGUCAUUUAUGGCCUAGAUGCGGACUUGAUUAUGCUCUCGCUGGCGACGCACGAGCCGCAUUUCAAGGUGCUACGUGAAGAUGUAUUUGCGCAGGACAACAAGAGUCGUGGAUGUCAUCGAUGUGGACAGGAAGGGCACUAUGCCGCCAAUUGCGUAGCUGAGCGUGUGGAAAAACCUGUACCGGCCAAGAAGCCGUUCAUUUUCCUGGAUGUGCCGACGUUGCGCGAGUACUUGGCGGUGGAGCUGCAGACGCCCGGCAUUCCGUUCCCUUUUGACUUGGAACGUGCGAUUGACGAUUGGGUUUUUCUGAUUUUCUUUGUAGGCAACGAUUUCUUGCCGCACUUGCCCAGUCUAGAGAUUCGCGAGGGAGCGAUUGACACGCUGCUGAAGAUCUGGAAACGGGAGUUGCCUCGCAUGACAGGGUAUGUCACGAACAACGGCCGUGUCGAGUUACGGAAUGCCCAGCUGAUUCUCGAUGGGCUCGCGAAUCUGGAGGAUGAGAUUUUCCGCAAGCGCAAAGAGACCGAGGAGCGCCAAGAAGCGAACAAGCGCCGUCAUGCUGCGCGCGAUGGCAAGCCCAGGAACACAGAGGCAUCGACAAAGCCUGUGGCUGCCCCGCCAGUCGUUGCGCCGCCCGUGGUCGCGCCGAGCAAACCUGUGCCAGGCGCUCGUAACAAGGGCCCGAUCUUGCUGGAUGGCGAUAGUAUGGACGUGGUGAAGAACCGCGCACAGAUCCGCAUGGCCAACAUUAGUGCGGCCGAAACGAUGCGAGUAGAGCUGGCCGCCAAGAAGGGGACCAAGCGUGCGGCUGGCGCCCUCGAUACGUCUCGCAAGCGCGGCAAAGUCGAAGACUCGGCGCUGUUUCCGAUGGACGAAGAGAUGCCGCGCGAUACAGCUACGCCGUCAGAAGAUCGGGCCAAGGCGCUGGCCUCGGCCUUGGAAGGCACAGCGAACGAGUCGGACGACAUGCUCAAGAAGGAUGUAUUGGGGAAGGAGGCGCUCGUGAAGCAAGAAGACGAGAGCAGCGAGGCGGCUGUGAAGGAAGAGGAGAGUCCAGCGCUCAAGAAAGAGGAGGACGAAGAGCAAGACGAGAGAGGUGUGAAAGACGACGACGAUGAGGAUGGUGAUGACGACGACGACGACGAAGAAGAAGAAACGAGUCCUCUCACACGCAAAGUGAACGACGACGGCACGGUCGAGUACGAGGAUACCGUGAAACUGUACGAGCCAGGCUACCGGGAACGAUACUACCGCCAGAAGUUUGGCGUCGAGUUGUCUGAUACAGCGUUCCGUCGCGCUGUGGUCCAGAAAUACGUCGAAGGUCUCUGCUGGGUCCUUGCGUACUACUACCAGGGCUGCCCGUCGUGGAAAUGGUACUAUCCGUACCACUAUGCGCCGUUCGCUGCCGACUUUACUGAUAUGGCCUCGUUGGCCAUUGAGUUUGGCGAGAGUGAGCCGUUCCGUCCGUUUGAGCAGCUGAUGGGUGUGCUGCCGGCGGCCAGUAAGACCAAUUUGCCGGAACCAUUUCAGUGGCUCAUGACCGAUCCUGAGUCGGAGAUUGUGGACUUUUACCCCAGUGAGUUUUCUAUCGACAUGAACGGCAAGAAAAUGGCCUGGCAAGGUGUUGCCCUCUUGCCGUUCAUUGAUGAGAAACGCCUGCUCACCGCGCUUCAUAAACGGUACGGUCAGCUGACCAAGGACGAAGUCCGGCGCAACUCGUUCGGACGCAAUGUGCUGUUUGUGAAUGAGGAUGCGGAUCUGUACCCGGCCAUCAGCCGCAUGUAUGCGAAGCGCAACGAUGGCCAGCCGCAGCCUAUCGAUACCACGCGCAUUCGUCAGAUCGCCGGGACGAUGGAAGUCGAUCCCUCGUGUGUGCCAAGCUCGACAUUUUACUCGCCGCUCUCGUCGCUGCCGGAUAUGAAAGACAUUCAUAACGACCACAGCGUCUCGGUGUAUUACGACUUUCCUGCACAGCGUACACCGCAUCGCAGUGUCCUGCUUCGUGGCCUGCGCCUCCCACCACGCCGCCUUACCCCUGCGGACGCCGACUGGGUACGCCGUGGCGGGGGCGGUGGGCAUCGCGGUGGUGGCUUCGGAGGUCGUGGCGGUCGUGGCGGUCGACGAGAUGGAUGGAGUAGUCAAGGCGCCCUGUAUGGCCGUGAUGCACAUCCGGGAGGGCCGUACCAUGCGCCUUCGAAUGGUCCGUAUGGCGGUGGUCCUUAUGGCGGUGGCCCCUAUAAUGCUGGUCCCUAUAAUGCUGGCCCCUAUAAUGCUGGUCCCUAUAAUGCCGGUCCCUAUAAUGCUGGUCCGUACCAGCCAGCGCCCAGCGGGCCGUACGGCGGCGGGGCCUAUGCAGGGCACUAUGCGAACCCCUACGGCGGACACAACUACCAAGCCUAUGGCUACGGCCAGGCGACCAACUCCUUUGGCGCGUCGCCGUAUGGCCAUGCAGGCACGGCGUAUGGCUCUGCGUAUGGCCAGCCAUCUGCGUACGGCGGGUACGGUCAGGCCUCGCAUCCGUACAGCGGCUACGGUGGUCCGCCGCCGAAUCGCGGCGGCCGUGGAUCGCACCGCGGCGGUGCGUACAGGUAG